AAGACCACCUGGGGGCUUGUAAAUACAGAAUCUCACUCCAUCUAUACUGGCUGCAUUGAGCAAGACAGAAUCAUUGAUGUCAAGAAUAUCAAAAAAAUAAGGGAAAAUUUACAGGGGCUGGAGCACAGGGUCCUUCUUACCUCUCCUGGGGCUAGAAGGAAGCUCUGACUGUGCUGAUACAGGAGGUCCACAGAUUUGUUCUCAGUGCUCAGAAUUCUCUUCGGAUUGGGGGAGUAAUUUUACAUUAGAGACUAUUUCCGGAUUAUCCUUGGGUUAAAAAAGAAAGCUCAUAUAUCCAAAAGAUACUGAGCAAUAGGGUCUGCUCCAAACUCCCACAGUCAAGUUCCUUUAGUGGAUGUUUGUGUGUCUCAGCCUUGAAUGAAAAGAGGAGUGUUGGUGAGAAAGAAGAGUGCCCAUUGAUCCUUGGGUCCAGCUGAAGCUGAAGUGGAAGCACCCACUCAGUGCCACUUUGAUUUUACUUCCUACCCUUCCAGGUGGCCCGUCAGCGCCGGGGCUCUCCAUUCCCACCAGCCCUGGGGCUGACCCUGCCCUGGCCUCACCCUUGCCCCUACCUGGCAUUCUGCCAGUGGCAGUUCCCUGACCCCAGAGAACUGUUCUAAAGAUUUUUGUUCCAAAGUCCAUCCGUCUGUCAUCUCUCCAUUCAUAUGCACACCCCUAGAACUCUCUGAUUUCUUUUAUUCUCUGGUUGUUUCAUCGUACUAUGUCAUCCUGUCUCUGCCUUUGGUGUCCCAUGAGUAGAAUGGAUGGACUUUAGAAGUGGUUGCUUGUAGGAGCCAGUGGUGUGUGUUAGGAACAGAACGUUGGUUUAGAGACAUCAUAUCUGAGAGUCUGCAGUGUUCCAGGCUUGCUCCAGGCACUUUGCAUCCAUUCUAGUUACACUUGCAAGAAUCCAGCCUGUAGGUGGCUUAUUUCCAUCUGACACUCUGCUCAGGGUCAACCGGUGAAUACAAGGCUGUGUGGUCGCAGAGUCCCGUACAUUCCCCUUCUCUGGCUUGGCAUGAGCUGAGGUGCCCUGUCUCACAGAAGAGGAUGCAAGGCUGGGACUUUGCACGCUCAGCCAGGCUUUGUGCUCAGAGUUUGCCUGACCUGGGUGAAAGGCCACUGCACUGAUGCAAGAGAGCGCAGACUUGCUUCACUCGUGAUGAACUGGUGGAGCAUGUGGCCGGGGUUUCUCCUUAAUCGGGCGUAGAUCAGAAGUUAAUCAGAGGGCAGAGAAGACCUUUCAUCCCCUUGGCUGAUUCUGUCUGCUUAUUAACUGAACGCUGCCCUGCUUUCUCUGUGACAGAGAACUUGUCACAUGACUGUGGGGGUGCCGUCCAUCGUGCGCAUGACAGAGCUCCUAUUUACCAACAAUGGGGACCCUUCCUUGGAACUAUAGGAAGAGUAACGUUUGGGUGGAAAUACCCUUCACUCACUGAAAGUGCCCUUCGAAAUGCUUCCUUCUAGGCCUGCCACAAUGCCCGUCGUAGUAAAGGACAUCAUGAAACUGCUGUGUUCCAUCUCCGAGGAGAAGAACAUGAAGGCGACCAUCAGGCACUCUGGGAGGGGCGCCCUGGUCGCAGGGGCCGUGGCCUUCGUUGGUGGUUUGGUUGGCGGCCCACCAGGAGUAGCCUUUGGGGGCGCCAUCGGGGGUCUAUUAGGCGCGUGGAUGACGAGUGGACAGUUUAAGCCAGUUCCUCAGAUCUUAAUGGAGCUGCCGCCUGCCGAGCAGCAGAAGCUCUUUAACGAGGCCGUCGCCAUCCUCAGGCACCUGGAGUGGACGGACGCCGUGCAGCUGACCAUGCUGGUCAUGGGCAGUGAGGCCCUGCAGCAGCAGCUGCUGGCGAUGCUGGCCAACUACAUCACCACGGAGCUCCAGGCGGAAGUUCGGUACGACGACUAGGCCACUGCUCUGCGGAGCGGGGGUCCGUCCGAGGUGAUUCCCCCCAUGGCCCUGGCUCCUGGCAGGUGACCGGGGAGCUGGGGGAAGCCCCGCAUCGUCAGUGUGUCACCCUAAACUGGAGCGAAAUCUCCCGCUGGAGAGGCUGCUGCUGUGAUCUGUCAUGUUCUGGAAGUCAUUUAUGAAGACACUGUGUUGUGUGGCUGUGUGCUCCACUGUGCCCUGACAACCUUUCGACAGGGAAGCUGGGGAACGUCACAUUGAGCCUUCUGAUCUUGUGAAGAUGACGCCUGUCCAGGCACCCUUUGCACAGCCAGCCCCUCUCAGGGCCUGGGUCUCGGGACCUCAGAGCUGGCCCAAGCUGGAAUCAUGUUUACCUCUUGAAUGCACCUUCCCCACCACCCCCGGCCCCCCAGUGACUUCUGAGUGGCCUCACGGAGGGGCAUUAGGCCUGCUGAGUGAAGCCACAAAUGUCAGUGGCACCCAGCCCCUCCCCCACUAGCUGUCACCUGGGCUCUGGCCCCUCCCAGGGGCUUGCUUUCCCUAUCUGAAAAAUCACCGUACUUCUUAGGUUCUGCUUUUUAAUUAAAUAUUUUCAGUAAAAAAGUACUGCUGUUUCUGAUGGGGCAGGAUCGUAAACUCUCUCUAAGAAAUGUACCCACCCUAAAUUUCCCCUAAUACUGUUUUUGCUUUGCUCUCAGAACCGUAACUUGACUGUCAAGUGUCAUCAAAUUGCAAUAAAUAUUUUGUAACCAGUC